AGUAGCGUGCAUCUAUUGUGGAUGUAACAGGUGAUUACAGUCGUAUCUGUGUCAUUUCUGCGUCGGUAUAGUUUAUAGAAAGCCUUAUUUUUGUAUAACCACACUGCUACCGAUAACUGUGACAGCUCUACAGCCAGUACGUUUGUUUAUAGGUUUAUUUCCGCCCACAACUUGGAAGAUAAAAUGGAGAGGGACUCCACCGGCACUGCAGAGGAGAUCGAGCCGGCUUCGCCUUUGAGGAAACAUAUUAAUGAAGACACCUGCGCAGCUAAUUCCCAUAAGGCGAGCUCCCGGGAUGUCCCCUGCGGUACUACUGAUGUCGCAAAGGCCAGGUGGACUCUGCUGAGACAGGUGUUACGUCAGAAGCAGAUGGAAAGUCCAGAGGUCAAACAGGUGUCUGUUCGCAGGUUUGCUACGUUUGACCUUUUCAGCAGGAAAAGGCUUGUGACACAAGAUCCUGGUGAUACCUCAGAUGAGCAGUGGGUGGAGUACAGAAGUGUCUACUUUCCUGAGUACAGUGCCUUACUCAGGGAUAACCUGGGGCCUCUUAGGGUUAAUGAAGUGCUCAACAGUUUCGACAACACCGGUAAUGUCUGUGUGUGGCCAUCUGAAGAGGUGAUGGCUCAUUACUGUAUCCAGAAACGUCACAUGUUCAAGGGUGCAGUGUGUGAGUUAGGAGGAGGUAUGACUUGCCUUGCUGGGCUCAUGGUUGCCAUUUGUGCUGACGUGAAAGAAGUUCUGCUAUCAGAUGGGAACGAGAAGUCCAUUCAGAAUGUACGAGGGCUGGUUGAGAGAAACAGGAAAGCUGGAAAGUUUGGGUCAAUACAUGUAUCUGCCAGUUUGUUUCUCGACCAGUACAGAGGCUGCCUGGUUGAUGCUAUAAGGAGAUUACUGCAACCCAACGGCAUGGCGUUGGUGUUUGCUCCACUGCGUGGUGAAACUCUGAGACUGUUUUGUCAACUGGCACAGCAGGCUGGACUCUACGUCUCUCAACACCAGCAGUAUGAUGCUCAGGUCAUGGAUGUUCACUUAAAGAUGCUGAGAGAGGGAAAAGAGGUAUACGAUGAGAACAUCCACUAUCCUCUCCUCAUCACCUUGACCAAAGGACCUCAACCUGUCAGCCACACUCAGUAAACCAAAACAAGUGAGCCCUCAGCUCCACACACUACCACUCCACAUGCAUUUGGAUAUUUAAGAUGGAUUGAGCCUACAGAGUCAUAUCAACAAUGUGAUCCAUGAGUGAUCAAAGUGAGGAGGAAGAAUUGUACUGAAAGAGCAGUAUUAAGCUACGGUAGAGUAGGGUUUGUUGCAAAGUUUAGUCAAAUUGGCACAGAGCGAAUCAAGUUGUGGUCAUAUUGGAGACAUUUUUCAUAUUGAUACUGGCCACUGAGAGCGUUUAUUAUCAGAUAGUGCAUGGCUUUGGACAAUAUUUGGGCGUGCAUGUUUUGUAGUUUGAAGUGUUUGUGGGGAACAACCUCAUUUCCAAAGCAGUGGGGAUACUUUCACUGCAGCUGGGAGAAAGAAAAGGAGAGGCGGAUUUAUUCUGACCUAGUAUGUUUUAACCAUCUGCCAUAUGCCAAAUAACUACUGUCAGUCUCAAAAUAGUCAGUCGGUCAAACCAUUUGACCUAACACUUCAUUAUCACAAUCAUUAAUCAAUCAGUCUAAUCAGCUAGUUAUCCCUUUGAAUAAUCAACCAUCCACGAAAGUGAACCACAUUGCCAAACAGUCCUCUGGACAGCCAGAUAGAUAAACAGUCAGUAUUCAGUUAUCUUAUAUGGCUGGUUAAUUAUCCAGUUAUCUAGUUAUCAUUAAAGCUAACAAGCCAAUUUAGUUUAGUCAGUUAACUAGCUGUUCAGUCAGUGAGUUUCAUGGGCAUUUCCUCCGUCAGUCCUACUGUAGGUGUCAGUUAUUCAGUCUGUUGGCCCUCUUUAACUGUCAGUAUUAACCUAUGCCACUGUGUUUCUGGCCCCAGCAUGGAGGCCAGCUUUAAUUCAUUCACUAUCACAGACUGUGGAGCAACUCACAGUUUCCUGUGCGUUUCCUUUAUUUCUUUGUUCCCUUCUUCCGCUACUUUAAUUUCUUCUAAUAGAACUUAUUCAUCCCAGUCAGAGGUCAGUUUUAAUAACUUCUUUUGUGCGUUACUUACAACAGUGCAUUAAUACAUUAAGGUGCUUUCAGACUGAGGAGCAGUUUUUGCUGCCCAGGAACUACAGCUAGCAUAUUCCACAGCAACAUCACCACUGAUAAUAAUAAGUAAUACACUGUACGUCACAUAAUGUCAUUUUAUUUAUUACACAGCUCUGUUGGUGUUAUAAUCUGUGAACUGUACAACAUGUUCUGACUCUCCAAUCCCACCAACAUCACCACCGCCUCCUGCUUUACUGCUAGUUUGUUAAAAAGUUGCUACUGAUGGAUUUCAAAAACAAAACGCAGCUCCAUUUUGUCUGCUGUCAUGACUGCUCCAGCUCGCACUGACAGCGCUGGAUUUCAAAGAUAACUGGGGCUGGCGAGUCUAUUUGAGUCGCCAGCUGAAUCCUACGUCACUUCAUUCGCAAACAUUUCGCGCUUUCAAAGCUUAAAAUGAGUCAUCAGACUGGCAAAAAUCAGAUCCUGUGGCAGCUUCUAAAAGCUCCUAGUCUGAAACCACCUUCAGGAAGUGCGUGUGUCUAAAGCGAGACAGAAAGAGAGAGAGACUACAAUGACUCCUACUCACAUUUAUUGACAAGUGACCCAAAUACUGUGGAAUAGAUAGAAAAAGUCAUAUGCUAUACAGAGCAGGGUUUCUUUGCAUCUUUUUUUCUUCUUCUUUUCUUUUUUUCCUUGUAUGUACCCCCAAUGUCCACUGGUUGCAGACAGUCUGCUGCCAACUCCAAGUUCAGGGCCUAUUUGUGCAGGGGCUACUGGUGUCUCUGAAGUGCAACAUUUACAUUUUGAAUGUAUGUACUGCCUACAUAAUGACAGUUGACAGGAACAUUCAUAUUUAAUGUUGUCUUAAUUUGUUAUUGAUUUAGUCUUUAUGUGUAUAGAACACAACUAUAUUUUUCUGUUUGUUUAUGUCACCUCUCCAGUUAGGUCUGUAAAGCAGGAAAAGGAAUGUUCCGGUUUUAAUUCUGCUAAUAUACACUACUCAGAUAGAUACAAAGAUGGCAUGCUGCGCUCCAUAACUCAAAGUGUUACUCCAAUGAUCAUAACUGAGCUGCAAAUAUGUUUGUGUGUAUGCAUGUAAAACACAAAAAUGUCAGCCAAACCACUCAAAACAAUAUUUGAAUAUUAUAUUCAAUAUUAUAUUUAGCUGCUUGAACAGGAACACUGUGCAGCCACAUCCAGUGGACAUUUGGGGUUAGAAUAUUUUUUAAAUAGAUCAAACAUAGUUCAUGAAAGUCACACAAUGUCCUGAUAGCUUCAAGCGAAAAACCUUCACACAUUCAGACCAUGCUCCUCUAUUUUCUGUUGGCAUUUCUUUUUUUUUAUCAGCACAAUUAACUGCUUCACUCAGGUCUUUUCCAAUGCAUUCAGCUGUUCCCUGUUUUCCUGAAGUGUCAAGCCUAAAGUUAUACCUAUCUAUCACUAGUGAGGUGUUUCCAUAUUUCACUGUGAUCCAUUGCUGUAUACAACAGCCAAGAAGCUAUGCAGUAUCUCCCAGUGGCUGCUGUUUACAUUCCUCAUGUUGAAACGGAAUAAUCCACCUUCAGAAAUAAGAGGUAUUCCCUGUGUGUAACUACUCAGAAAAGUAAAUUAAGCCAGUUUUAUCAGUGGUCUCAAUGCUUUGAGGACUUAAAUUGCAUUGCAAAAAUGUUCCCAUUGCAAAGGGUUUAGAAGUAUAUUUAAUUACAUUUUUAUCUGUAAUGCAGCUUUCUGUACACCUUUGAUAUCUGUGGGCUAACACAGAAACACUACCAGUAAAGUGACUUCAUCACUGUCUAGUGACAUCACCACCACUAACAGUGGUGUAAUUUUACAACACACUGUUUACUGUGACAUCCACGCUGCUUCUUCCAACGUCACUGCCUCUAUUUAUGGCAAAAAAAAAAAAAAAAACUUGGUGCACCCUUGUGCCCUCUGCUGUGAUGUCACGUUUUCACAAGUGAUAUCAUCACUUCUUGUUGUGAUAUUAGUGCUGUGUGCUCGGACAGUUACCACCUCUCACUGUGACAUUGACAGACAGAAACAACUCAUAGUCAGUAUUAUUCAGAGAAGGUCGUGUAGUCUUUAUUUGGAUUUGCUGGCUAAUAACAUUAAUAGUGAGAAACCCAACAGUUGUUAUAGGCCAGAGACGAGGAUCUGUGUUGCUGCUGAGAAUUGGGCAAACAUCAUACAGGAAUGCUCUAAUGCUCCAAACAGAUUUAUGUCACUGUGUUGUGGGGUGUCUCAGCUAUGCUAUUAUUUUGAUUAUAAUACUGAAUUCUUGGAAUUGUUUUGCAGGCCAUGUCCACACUAAUUCAGAUUGAUUUCAAAUUGGAUCUAUUCUUUUUAAUUUGGGCCUUCUUUCUGCACUCAAAACGUUUAAGCUGCUUCUGCUGCAUUUCACUGUGUAGGGACACCGGACAGUUUCAGAAAUAUUAAUGUACAAUUAUCAUGUGAUUUGGUGUAAAGGUCUGGCUCAAGUGUUCUGUGCAUGGUCUUGUAGAGUGGCUUAUAGCUUUUUAAUUUUAAUAUUGUUUUGGGGUUUGACACAAACAUAAACCUGUUUACUUCAAUGAAAUAUUCCAAUGUAUCCACUUUAGUGUGGACAUGGCCUCACAUAGUGAGUUUGUCUGUUCAGUAGGCCUAUAUCAAAUUUCCUCUGCUUCACUGUAAUCAAUGCUGUCACUGCAGUCUAAGGAUGAGUGAUUUUGUGAACAAAUAAAAAUAAAAACAUUUUCUUCAAGAUAUCUAACAUUUUUUCUUUUUCAAUGAACAACGGACAAUUUCAUACAUCAUCUGUAGCUACGACA